CUAACUGAAGUCCAUCCAGGAAGCGUUUUGCUGUAUACUUUCAGUUGCCAUCGAGAUAUCACGACGAGAAAGCAGUAAUGUGAUAGUUCUGUGAAAUACAAUAUGUCAGUUUUUAGAAAAAACUAAACACAUUUCGUAACUUUAAUCCAGAGUUUUUUUCGGAGUUUGUUUUCAUGGCAUAGUUAGACAAAUAGCCAUGUGUAUCGUCAACCUUGUUGCAGAAUGGGUCAAUAGUAUAUGCAGAAUAGAUGCAGAAUAAGCGUUGUUUUGGACCAUCUGUUGUCAAAUCCAACAACUGUGUGGUUUAAUUUACCACUGAACUCAUUUUAAAUAAUGUCGAAACUAGUGGGCACUGCGGGGGUCUCUGUGUUGGGCGACAAAUCUUUGGAGUUUUACCGAGAUCCAGUGGCUUUUUGUGAACAACGUAUUGAAAAGCAUGGGACACGGAUAUUUCAAUCAAGAAUUCUGAACAAACCAACUUCCUUCGUCUGUUCGGUGGAAGGGAUGAAGGAAUUACUUUGCGAGAAGUCAUCUGUGUUCCUGAAAGACCCCACUGAUGUAAUGCACAACAUGUAUGGAGACAACAUAGUGACUGCUAAUGGCGAGGAAGCCUGCUUGCUGCGUCUGUCUCUCACCAACCUUUUCACAGGAAAGUGUCUGGCCUCAGGCUCUGACCUCAUUAACAGUGUUUCUGAACAGUGCUUGAAGAACCUUUCUGCAACUGGGGAGCCUGUGUCGGUGUACCCUCUGUUUAAACGACUGGGAACAGAACUGGUGUUGGGGCUGUUCCUGAAUGUGAACCCAGAUGAGACACCAGAGCUUUUCCAGGAAAUUACAGCACUCUGUACCCUACACUGGCAUGGGAUCAUCUCAACUCCAAUCAGUGUGAAGGUUCCUCUGUGGUCCUCUGGCUUUUGCACAGCGCUGGAGGCUAAAGACAAGCUCAUGGACAUCAUUAAAGACAAGCUGGAGUGUCAGAGACAGGGGUUUGUAGGUUAUCUCCGUGAUCUACCUCUCCCUGAUGCCAGUUGUGCCUCCCAGCACCUGCUGUUGUUCAUCUCUGCUCUGAUCCCCAAAGCCCUGGCAUCCUUACUCACCUCCUUCACCCUGGUUCUGAGUGGCGCAGGCAAGAAGGAAAUUAGGAAUCGUGCGAGGGCAGACCCGGAUUACCUUUACUACGUCCUCCUGGAAGUACAGAGACUUUGGCCUCCGUUCAUUGGUGGAAGGAGAAUAGCCAAUCAAGACACUACUCUGGGAGGCUUCCACAUUCCCAAGGCUUACGCUGCCAUGUAUAUCAGCCACGCCAUCCACCGCGACCCGGAAGUGUUCCACCAGCCAGAGGACUUCCUGCCAGAGAGGUGGUGUGGAAGAAACGCAGGACAGGAGCACCUCCUCUGCAGCCUAGGCAACGGCCCCAGGAACUGCAUCGGAGUCCAGCUGAACAACGUCUUUCUCAAGGCAGCGUGUGGGUACCUGCUACAGCACUAUGAUUGGGACCUGAGCCCCUACUCACAGGACCUCCAGUACAAAUGGUUGCCUGUGUCCCGGCCCACUGUCCCUCCAAUGGUGAGCUUCACUGAGCUGGAGCUGGAGAGCAGUGCCACAGACCUGCCUGAUGGUCCACCCUAAAGACCAAAGCAUGGACACUGAGAGGCAGGUGGAUAGGACGAGGAGAGGCCCCGUUGUAGCAGUGGUCCUAAUGGUCUCUCAAGGACACCAGUAUGUGCAGAUCUUAUUUAUUACCCGUCACUCGAUCUUCCUGAUUUAAAGAUAAUGUUGAUAUGGAUCACUGUUCACAUCUUGAUACUGUAUAUUGUCCAACUGUGUCAUACAGUUGAAGUCGGAAGUUUACAUAGUCAAAUACAUUUAAACUCAGUUUUUCACAAUUCCUGACAUUUAAUCUGAGUAAAAAUUCCCGUCACCACUUUAUUUUAAGAAUGUGAAAUGUCAGAAAAAUAGUAGAGAGAAUUUUUUAUUUCAGCUUUUAUUUCUUCCACACAUUCCCGGUGGGUCAGAAGUUUACAUACACUCAAUUAGUAUUUGGUAGCAUUGCCUUUAAAUUGUUUAACUUGGGUGAAUCAUUUCGGGUAGCCUUCCACAAGCUUCCCACAAUAAGUUGGGUGAAUUUUGGCCCUCCUGAGCUGGUGUAACUGAGUCAGGUUUGUAGGCCUCCUUGCUCGCACAUGCUUUUUCAGUUCUGCCCACACAUUUUAUAUAGGUUUGAGGUCAGGGCUUUGUGAUGACCACUCCAAUACCUUGACUUUGUUGUCCUUAAGUCAUUUUGCCACAACUUUGGAAGUAUGCUUGAGGUCAUUGUCCAUUUGGAAGACCCAUUUGCGACCAAGCUUUAACUGAUGUCUUGAGAUGUUGGUUCAAUAUAUUCACAUAAUUUUCCAUCCUCAUUAUGCCAUCUAUUUUGUGAAGUGCACCAGUCCCUCCUGCAGCAAAGCACCCCCACAACAUGAUGCUGCCACCCCCGUGGUUCACGGUUGGGAUGGUGUUCUUCGGCUUGCAAGCCUCCCCCUUUUUCCUCCAAACAUAACGAUAGCCAUUAUGGCCAAACAGUUAUAUUUUUGUUUCAUCAGACCAGAGGACAUUUCUCCAGAGAGUACAAUCUUUGUCCCCAUGUGCAGUUGCAAACCGUAGUCUGGCUUUUUUAUAGCGGUUUUGGAGCAGUGGCUUCUUCCUUGCUGAGCGGCGUUUCAGGUUAUGUCGAUACAGGACUCGUUUUACUGUGGAUAUAGAUACUUUUGUACCUGUUUGUACCUGUUUCCUCCAGCAUCUUUGCUGCUGUUCUGGGAUUGAUCGCACCAAAUUACGUUCAUCUCUAGGAGACAGAACGUGUCUCCUUCCUGAGCGGUAUGACGGCUGAGUGGUCCCAUAUUGUUUGUACAAAUGAACGUGGCAUCUUCAGGCGUCUGUAAAUUGCUCCCCAGGAUUAACCAGACUUGUGGAAGUCUACAAUUUUAUUUCUGAGGUCUUGGCUGAGUUCUUUUGAUUUUCCCAUGAUGUCAAGCAAAGAGGCACUGAGUUUGAAGGUAUGCUGUGAAAUACAUCCACAGUUACACCUCCAAUUGACUCAAAUUAUGUCAAUUAGCCUAUCAGAAGCUUCUAAAGCCAUGACAUAAUUUUCUGGAAUUUUCCAAGCUCUUUAAAGGCACAGUCAACUUAGUGUAUGUAAACCUGCUUUGAUGCACCUGUACUGACCUCGCCUUCUGGAUGAUAGCGGGGUGAACAGGCAGUGGCUCGGGUGGUUGUUGUCCUUGAUGAUCUUUAUGGCCUUCCUGUGUAGGUGUAGGUGUCCUGGAGGGCAGGUAGUUUGCCCCUGGUGAUGCGUUGUGCAGACAUCACUACCCUCGUGGUUGUGGGCGGAGCAGUUGCUGUACCAGGUGCAUCUGUAGAAGUUUGUGAGUGCUUUUGGUGAGAAGCUGAAUUUCUUCAGCCUCCUGAGGUUGAAGAGGCGCUUCUGCGCCUUCUUCACAACACUGUCUGUGUUGGUGGACCAAUACAGUUUGUCUGUGAUGUGUACACCGAGGAAUUUAAAACGUACUACCCUCUCCACUACUGUCCCAUCGACGUGGAUAGGGGGUGCUCCCUCUGCUGUUUCCUGAAGUCCACAAUCAUCUCCUUAGUUUUGUUGACGUUGAGUGUGAGGUUAUUUUCCUGACACCACACUCCGAGGGCCCUCACCUCCUCCCUGUAGGCCGUCUCGUCGUUGUUGGUAAUCAAGCCUACCACUGUAGUGUCGUCCACAAUCUUGAUGAUUGAGUUCGAGGCGUGCAUGGCCACGCAGUCGUGGGUGAACAGGGAGUACAGGAGAUGGCUCAGAACGCACCCUUGUGGGGCCACAGUGUUGAGGAUCAGCGGGGUGGAGAUGUUGUUACCUACCCUCACCACCUGGGGUCAGCGGGGGCAGUACCCAGUUGCACAAGGCGGGGUCGAGACCCUGGCUUGGAGGGUACUAUGGUGUUAAAUGCUGAGCUGUAGUCGAUGAACAGCAUUCUCACAUAGGUAUGCCUCUUGUCCAGAUGGGUUAGGGCAGUGUGCUGUGUGGUUGAUAUUGCAUCGUCUGUGGACCUAUUUCGGCGGUAAGCAAAUUGGAGUGGGUAUAAGGUGUCAGGUAGGGUGGAGUUGAUAUGGUCCUUGACUAGUCUCUCAAAGCACUUCAUGAUGUCAGUCGUUUAGCUCAGUUACCUUAGCUUUUUUGGGAACAGGGACAAUGGUGGCCCUCUUGAAGCAUGUGGGAACAGCAGACUGGGAUAAGGAUGAUUGAAUAUGUCCUUAAACACACCAGCCAGCUGGUCUGCGCAUGCUCUGAGGACGCGGCUGGGGAUGCCGUCUGGGCCUGCAGCCCUGCGAGGGUUAACACGUUUAAAUGUUUUCUCAUGUCGGCUGCAGUGAAGGAGAGUCCACAUGUUUUGGUUGCGGGCCGUGUCAGUGGCACUGUAUUGUCCUCAAAGUGGGCAAGAAAGUGAUUUAAUCUGCCUGGGAGCAAGACAUCCUGGUCCGUAAUGGGGCUGGUUUUCUUUUUGUAAUCCGUGAUUGACUGUGGACCCUGCCACAUACCUCUUGUGUCUGAGACGUUGAAUUGCGACUCUACUUUGUUUCUAUACUGAUGCUUAGCUUGUUUGAUUGCCUUGCGGAGGGAAUAGCUACACUGUUUGUAUUCGGUCAUGUUUCCGGUCACCUUGCCCUGGUUAAAAGCAGUGGUUCGCGCUUUCAGUUUCACACGAAUGCUGCCAUCAAUCCACUGUUUCUGGUUUGGGAAUGUUUUAAUCGUUGCUAUGGGAACGACAUCUUCAAUGCACUUUCUAAUGAACUCUCUCACCGAAUCAGCGUAUUCGUCAAUGUUGUUGUUGGACGCAGUGCGGAACAUAUCCCAGUCCACGCGAUGGAAGCAAUCUUGGAGCCUGGAAUCAGAUUGGUCGGACCAGCAUUGAACAGACCUGAGCGCGGGAGCAUCUUGUUUUGGCUUCUGUCUGGGAGCAACAAAAUUGAGUCGUGGUCAGCUUUUCCCGAAAGGAGGGCGGGGUAGGGCCUUAUAUGCGUCGCAGAAGUUAGAAUGGCAAGGAUCCAAGGUUUUACCAGCCCUGGUUGCACAAUCGAUAAGUGAAAUAAUCUGUCUGUAAACAAUUGUUGGAAAAGUUACUUGUGUCAUGCACAAAGUAGAUUUCCUAACCGACUUGGAAAAAGUAUAGUUUGUUAACAAGAAAUUUGUGGAGUGGUUGAAAAACUAGUUUUAAUGACUCCAACCUAAGUGUAUGUAAACUAGUUUUAAUGACUCCAACCUAAGUGUAUGUAAACUUCCUACUUGAACUGUAUCUCUGUUCUUGAGUCCGCCUCGUAGGGGACUGUUUCCUGACUACUGCCGAGGUGUGGUGGUCUUUCUAGUGCUUUUAGCUGCCGAAGCAUCACCCAGGCAGAGCCUGCUUCAGGCAUAAGUUACAUAAGCUGUCACUUAGGGCCCCUGGCCACUAGGAGGCCCCUGACCUCAAUUAGCCAUGUCAGCUAACACUUUUUAUAUUGGUAAGUUAGUUUAGCGAGUUUUCUAAACUAGUAGUAGGCUAAUCAUGGCCGAAUACUGACUGGGAAAGCAGGGCACAUGCCCAGUGGCCUUGACUUCCAUUGGGCCCCCAUUGAUUGAUCUCUGAAGCUAAAUUAGUAGAAUUGCAUGAAAUUUGUUAUAAAAUAUUUAAAAUGUCUCUCCAAGCCCCAUGGCAAAAUGUGUAGAACUGCAGGAAGAGAGGGGGAACACAAUUAUUUUUAUGCAGGCUUGGUGGGGCGGCCCCGCCACCCAAAUCUCGAUUAGGGCCCCCAAAAGGCUAGAUCUGGCCCUGUACCCAAGUAUGUGCUACACUUCAGAAGCACACAGCUACCCAAUGAAGAGCUCCGGGCAUGUCUAAAUAACUGUCGCUGCUCCCUCUGUGUCAUCUGAGCUUUCUCCGCUAAAUCUACUGCCCAGCCUUUCUGAACUUCCUGGCUGAACAACACAUUAUCAUCUGAAGCUGUGGAAGAACAUCGCCCAAGACCUACCAGAUAAUUUGUUUUGUUUGUUUUUUAUUCAUCUUUGAGAUUCUCUUUGUAAUGAAAAGCACUAUAUAAAAUAAAUUAUGCUGAUUUUUUUACUUUUAUUUAUUGUCAAGUUGCUGCAAAUGAUUGCAAUAUAGGUACAUACUGCAGCCUACAUUAGAUGAUGUUGCCCUAUUUUAAGAUUGUUGUAUAUAUGUGUGUUUAUUUAACCUUGGGAAAAACCUACUGUAUCACACUUUGGAUGCUUUAGGACUGUCUCUAUCACUGCACCGUUAGCCUGUCAUAUGACAGGGGUUUUAAGAAGUCAAGAAGAAGUCAAGGAAUGCCCUCAGAUUUCAGCAUUGCACCAAGGGCUGCUGAAAUGUUCCCCCUCUCACUCUCACUUAGCAACCAGAAGUGCUUAGCAACGGUUUGUCCUUAGCUACUCAGAGGAACCUAGCCCAUGUUAUUGUCUGGCUGCUUAUUAUCAUGCAGCUCUCACCCUCACACAGACAUACAUCUUCACAUUAAACCUUUUGUUUAAUAUAUCGGAGGGAACGGAAAUAUCUUAUGAAUGGCAAUGAAGUGCAAGCUGUUUUAGGUGAAUGUGAAUAUGUCAAUGGAUAUCUCAUAAUGUACAUGUUUUCUGAUGUAUUUUUUCUGUUCAAUAGUUACUCUGAAAUGAUAGCCAUUCUAGACUACUCUUAAAGGUUAAAUAUUAGCACUGUAUAAUAUAUUUGAAUCCAUCUUUAUUAAAGAUUAUGAUAAACUGUGAAAAGAUGAUUAUGUAUCUGAUCAUUACGAUAGUAGUUGAGCUAUUUUUUCAUUAGACAGAUUGUGAUAAUAUAAAUCAUAACUUAUUUCUUCAGGUCAUGUAAUAUCCUCUGUAUUACCUGGAAACACAAUUCCAUCAGAUGUCAUACUUUAAAAAAAAUGUAAUGUUCAUUUUAAAAGUUCUAUCAAAUUUUUAUUAUGCAUUUACUAUGUACUGAUAUUUUGUAGGUAAUAAUGUUUCCACUCUGGUUUUCUGUCAAUCACAAGUAGUAAAUCCCUAAGAAUGCAAUCUA